UCUUUCAAACCCUCCCCUCUAUAAAUAAUAAUUGCAUUCUCAUCAUUCCAUUCAUCCAUCUUCUGCGCUUUGUUUUUUUGUUUGUGAACAACAUGCAUUACCAAACCACGCCAUCUUGGGGGUGCUAUAUGGCCACCACCGCCGCCCUUGAGGAUCCGGUGGAGCGGAUAGAGAGGUUGGCAGCGGAGAACGCGGUGGUGAUAUUCAGCAUUAGUACGUGUUGCAUGUGUCAUGCUAUAAAGCGGCUGUUUUGUGGGAUGGGAGUGAAUCCAACAGUGCACGAGCUGGACGAGGACCCCAGAGGUGGGGAGAUGGAGAAGGCCUUGAUGACGCUCUUGGGAACCUCCUCUGCCGUCCCCGUCGUGUUUAUCGGUGGUAAGCUGGUGGGCGCUAUGGAUAGAGUCAUGGCCUCCCAUAUCAGUGGCACCCUUGUCCCUCUCCUUAAAGACGCCGGAGCUCUCUGGCUUUGACUCCAUUCGUCUC